AUGAAUGAAUUGAUGGAUAAUUCAAAUUUUUUAGAAUUACUAACAGACAAUAUAAUUAAAUCAAAUGAAAUGCUUUAAAUUAGAAAUAUGUAGACAUUAGUGGCACUAGAAAGAUAACCAGUUACAAUAGUAGAUUGUUUAGCAAGAGUUACAUCGAGGAGAGAACAAGAUAGUCCGGUGGCUGUUGUAUAGACAAUAUGUACAAUUAAAACCAGGUUGUUUCCCUCGUGGUCUAGAUAGCUGGGUCGUAUUUUAUCGACUCACCAAGUAUCGAAGUGACUCUGGCGGACAGCGCAGGUCGUGGUUAUCGAAAUAUAUUUUUUGGCUUGUUAAUUCAAAUGUAAAUAUUUGGCAUGAUUAUUAUUAAUUUAAAAAAAAAAUUUUAUGUUGUAAAAAACAAUUACGUUUAAUUGUAAAUCAUUUUUUUUACUAAAAAAAUUUAAAUAUAAAGUAAAGUACCUUUACUUUCCUUUUUAAUAUGCAAGAACAAUUGUGUUCAUUCUGAAUACUAACUAUGCCAUUUAUUAUUUAUAAAAAAAAUAAUUUUAUUGCAAUGUUAGAUGUUAUAUAUUUAUUUCCUAAAUUGUAUGAAUUUUUGGUAUGAAAUUAAUAUAACGAGUUGUAGCAAUAUUUUAGGAUAACUAUUUAGAAUUUAUAUAUCUUAGGAAUUCGGGUAAUUUAUCUGUAGAAAAGUAUUUAAAUGUUACGACUAGAUUUUUGAAUUUUAAUUAUUUUACACUUCGGAGUAUAUUUAGAAAAUAUAAUAUAAAAGCGACAUUAAAAGUAUGGCAACACCACCAGAUUCACCAGGCCCUGAGGAGGCUCUUUUUGAGUUUGAAAGCUCACGUGCUAGGCAUCAAGCCACUCGACCAGUGGCUAUUGAAGAACUUCUCAGGCAAACAAAGUUUUCGAGGCAGGAGAUUUGCGUGAUGUAUCGUGGCUUCAAACAGGAAUGCCCGGAGGGCGUUGUUCAAGAAGAGUCAUUCAAAGACAUUUAUGCAAAGUUUUUUCCACACGGAAAUUCCAGCCUUUAUGCUCACUACGUAUUCAAAGCUUUCGACGUUAACUGCAAUGGGGCCAUCAGCUUCAGGGAUCUACUUGUUACUCUCUCGACGCUACUGCGAGGUAGCAUUUACGAGAAACUUAGGUGGACAUUCAAGCUUUACGAUAUUAAUGGUGACGGAUGUAUUACCAGGGGCGAACUGGGAGAAGUUGUCACGGCUGUGCAUGAACUUAUGGGCCGCAAACAUCCUGCGGAAGAAGAGCGUAAAGCUAAAGAACAGUUAGAUAGAGUCUUUGAAAAACUCGAUCUUAAUCAUGAUGGUGUAAUUACGAUAGAGGAGUUCAUCGAAAGCUGCCUUAGAGACGAAGUGAUCACACGAUCUCUCGCAAUGUUUGACUGUGACUUCUGAUCUCCGGCUAAUGUAAAUCUUGUGCGAUCAACUGAUCAGCGAUCAUUAUUAUCAUCAUCAUCUUCACCAUCGCCUUACGUGUUCAAUUUAAAAUUAAUCAUUGGUACCAUUCCGUUAGUUCCAUCGAUUACCAACUGUUGCCGACUCAAUUCAUGUAUAUUCAUGAUCACUAUUACCAUUGAAAAAGUUCCGUACGAGACAAUUAAAAAGAACUUUGAA